AGUCUAGUCUUCCUGCACCCAACCAUACCCGAUCUCCUCCUUCACUCUCUCUCCCAACCUCUCUCUCUCUCAUUAUUCAUUUCUGGAAGAUCUGCAACUCACAAAUCUGUCUAUAGAGAACUCUGCGCUUUGCUGCCUCCCGAAAAAACCAUGAGCGACCCAAUUGAGCCCUCAACGUCGUCGUCUUCCACCAAAGACCCGGCCCUUCUGAUUCACCCGAGGCGCGAGCCAUUCGAGCACGGGCUUUUGCCCAUCCCCAAGCUCAUCUUCACCGACCCGACGCAAACCCUAAUUCCCCUAAAGCAGAAGCUGAUCGAGCAGUCUUCGAGUCACCGGGUCAACUCGGCUGCGAUCUCUGAGGUGCUUCAGAUCUCCAUUGAUCAUGCCAGGCUCGUCCUCGAUACCCUUGCCUCUGUUCUUCAGUCGGAGUCCGACCCGCUCCUCAAAUCCAAGCCGGACGUGGUUGAUGAGGUCGGCGCCGAUGUGAAUGAUCUGGUUCUAUUCCUCUACAUUCAGUCGUACAAGAAGUUGCUGCCGAGGACGCACAAGGACUCGGCUGCCGUCGCAGAUGUUUGGCCUUCGACCUCGGCUUUCGAUGGGUAUUUGUCCGCUUUAUCGCCAUUGCAGCUUGUGCGUAGCAAUAGCCGUCGGUUUGUGCCAUCACAGGCUGAUGAAGAGGCCCAUCAGUUGUCAUAUCUGCAAAAGCAUUUGGCCAACAUUGUCUCUCUUUUAGCAGAACCUGUGGAGGGGGAAGGCGAAGAAUCUCUGGUUUUGACCAUGGAGAAAUUUGAGCACCUUGGCUUUCUGUUUUACUUUGGUGAUAAAGGAUCUGAAGGAUAUCACUUGGGCCAAUAUGCUCCUUUUUUUGCAAAUUCGGAUCCUGAUAUGCCUGCUGUUCCUGUUCCUGCUGCACAAGUUCAUGAUUGGGUUCUGCAGAAUAUAGUUUCUUCGUUGGAAAAUAUUUCUGAAAGAAUUUCUCCAAAAGAAAAUGGCCCACCCAGUUCCUCAGAUCAAGAUGUUCCCAUGGCUGAUGCCUGCACGAGUACAAACAAGGGCUCAAUGAGUGUUAGAGGUCCAAGUUUUAUUGAAGGGAUCUCCAAGUCAUCACUUAUAAAGCAAGCAUCUGAUCUUAAAGGCUCUUCUGUAAAGGUUUUAAAUUGCCACGAUUCAGUUAUCUACAUAUUAGCACCUCUGAGAUAUGCCACAGUUUAUGGAUGCUCUGAUGCUACUAUUGUUCUUGGAGCUGUUGGAAAGGCUGUAAGAAUUGAACACUGUGAGCGAGUUCAUGUGAUUACAGCAGCAAAACGAAUCUGCAUUGCUAACUGCCGUGAAUGCAUGUUUUUUCUUGGGGUAAACCAGAGACCACUUAUUGUUGGUGAUAACCACAAGUUACAGGUGGCACCCUACAAUACAUUUUACGGUCAGUUGGAGGAGCACAUGAAUGAAGUUGGGAUUGAUGCUACUAUCAACAGAUGGAAUGAACCCCUGGCACUUGGAGUGGUUGAUCCGCAUGAUUCGUUAUCUCAUCCAGCAGGUGUCUCUGAUGCUCAAGCUGAGUCUGGUUCACACUUAGACCCUGAGCAGUUCACAAAUUUUUUGAUUCCAAACUGGUAUGGAGGUGAAUCAGAGGGCUCCACAAAAGACAACCCAUUUCCAUUACCAGAUAUUUAUGUGGCAUCCCAGCAGAGAAAUAACAAUUUAGGGGAGGUAAAGCAAUUAUUGAGGGAAGCACCUCUCGAAGAAAACAGAAAACGGGAAUUAUCCACUGCUCUCCACGUAUAUUUUAAAGACUGGUUGUAUGCUUCUGGAAACAUCCGUCAGCUUUAUUGCCUACAAGGAGAAUGAUUUUUGCGUCAUAAUGCUGUGGAACAACCAAGAGUGGUAUAGAAGGAAGCUUUCUGGUUUUAUCAUUCAAUCCCACCAUGGCCACCUUGCUGUUUCUGAUGGUGCCACAGGGCGAAUCAACCCUUUGUACUUUGGAAUGGUACCCUGCAUAAUUAUGCAUUGAUACGGUGCACAGGAUGGAAUCGGAAUAACAUUCGCUAAUCUCCCAUUGUAAUAUUUUUUUUUUGGAAAGAAUAAUCUUACUGUAAUAUUUUGUUAACCUAGGUUCACAGCCUUGUGAAUUUUCCUUUUUUAUUUUUCAUGUGGGUCUAGAAUGUUGGAUCUCUACUCUAACCAUGAGUUUUGUUCCUUUUUUGCGAGGUUUCGUUUUUAGAUUAUGUUGCUAGAGUGACUUAGUUCUUUAUAUCAUUUUUUAUAUAUAUGAAAAUGGAACGUGAUCCUGCGGUGUUGUAGACA